AUGUCGUACUCCUCACCCUCUGCCUCUAAUCCGUCCCUCGCUACGUCUGCCUACAUGGUGUCUUCGGUAGACAGGUACACGUCCGGCUCAGACGAUGAGAUUGCAUCCCUUCCAUCUGAGUCUACCACCGCUUCAGACCUAGACACACUUUCAGAUGACUACUCAGAUGCCGAGGAGGAGUGGAGAGAAAGCAUUGAGCAGUUGGAAUUACUAUUGACCAUGGUCAUCGUCCCGUUUAUCGGGAAGUAUCUGGGAAGGAGAUGCGCUUAUUGGGGCUGGACUCGCUUUAUGGAAUGGAAAUACCCCGUCGAAGUCGUCAUGACCAACAAGGCAGCCUUCAGAGGAGCCGGUGUCGUUGAGGCUUUGUCUCCACUUCAGAGGCACACUACCAAGUUUCAUUUUAUACCCAAUCAAACCAUUUGCCUAUUUGACGAGCUCGCGAGGUUCAGAGAGUGGACUAUACUCCGUGGUCGUAUGAGCGUUGCGAACUGUCGGACCAACAGCCAGAUGGCCGAAUAUCCAUAUGACUGCUUCCAUCAAGUCUGGAACGACGCCAAUACAUCAAUGAAGUCUAAGAGGAGUGCUUGA